AGGUUAUCGUCUAAGCAACAUAUAUUUUGGUCAACAUUUCGAGAACAGAAUCGCUUGUUAAUGAAUGAAAAUGACCAAAAUGUUAGUACUGCAAUGCUAGUGCAAUGGAAAGGCGCAUAAUGGAAAAAAUGGUCAAGCAAAAAUGAGGAUGGCGAUACGAAAAGCCAGCAAUUUAUAUCACUUCAGAAGAAACCGGCAGGGUUUCUGCGAAGAACGUUCAGCUUUCAGGUUGGAAAGACGAAAGAGUUAUUUAAGCUGGAUUCUGAAACUAGCACGAUGAUCAAACUUCGGUACAAAGAUACUUCAAAACAUGUCAUUUGGCGAGAUUGCGCACUACCUGAGGAGUACAAUCGGGGUUAUUUGACAUUAAAUCCGGAUCAUUCCAAGCGUGCAGCCAUUCGCUACAAUCAUGCUGGUAAUCAUCAGGCGACAAUUCUAAGACUUAAAGAUGGUAGGACUAUUGGAAGAGAUUUGGUGAUUGUGCCGUUUGGUUCACCAAAAACAUUUCCAAGAACUAAGCAUCAAAAACAGCAAUUGUUUUACACUGUUUAUCCUGCCCGAACUUUGCCAUCGACCAAUCUGGCAAAGACUGAAGAGGAAAAAGGAACCAAGCGAAUCACGCCAAUAGAUUCGAGAGCUAAAAUCAGUGAAAAGAUAGUGGAUAUUGAGGAUGAUCGGACACCAGUCCCGAAGCGGGUAAUCAAUUCGGUGAGACGUUCCGAAUCUAGUGACGAAAAUGAACCAAUUGUUAACUUGACAACGCCACGAGUAGAUGAAUCUGGUUUUUAUGAGGGUGAUAUUGCCGACCAUGACGAUGUAGAACCUGAUUUGCAAGUUUGGAGGUUGUAGGUUAUAACAAACAGUUAAAGUUCAUGAACUAUCCCCGUUUUACAUGGAACUCUUCGUUCCGAGUUUCUCACCUAAUAACUUGGGGGAUGCAGUAUGGUAGCCACAAUUACAUAUGCUCAACAUGAAAUGAAUUUACUAUAAUUUCAUCACGUUAUCUUCAUUUUUUUGGGCUUAAGACAUAAGGUUCUGAACUGUGGAUUCGAUAGGUUUUUUUCUUUUUAAACUACAUUGUGAGAAUUCUUUUUCCUUCUCCUAAAAUUAGAUUUGGAAUUAUCAGAAUA